AUGAUCUUCUCAAGCAGCAGAGCCUCCGGGCUUCUGUCCCUUACAGCCACAGCCAUCAGUGCGGCAACGUUCUUCCCUUUGAUCAAUAUGACUGAUACCGAUGGCAAUGCCAUCCAGGCACACGGCGGGAACAUCAUCCAAGCACAAGACGGCGAUGGCUCCUGGUACUGGUUCGGCGAGGACAAGACAGGGGAGACGACCAGCGGUCACUUCAUUGGAGUCUCCUGCUAUUCAUCACCGGACUUUACAACCUGGACUAGCAAAGGCCACGUCCUGUCACCCCAAGCCGGCACCGACAUCUCCGACUCCCGCAUCGUCGAGCGACCAAAGGUGCUGUACAACGAUAAGAACUCCGAGUACGUAAUGUGGUUCCACGGCGACAGCUCCAACUACGGCGACGCUCAAAUCGGCGUUGCGACCAGCAAAACAAUCGACGGCCAAUACAAAUGGAAAGGCAACUUCAAGCCCUUCGGCAACGACUCCCGCGACAUGACAGUCUGGAAAGACCCCGAUGAUGGCAAAGCAUACCUCAUCUUCGCCACGAGCAACAAUGCAGACUUCCAAAUCGCCUCCUUGGACGAUGACUACUACAACGUGACCGAGGCCCUCUACACCUUCCGUGGUGUGUACCAAGAAGCACCAGGCGUCUUCAAAAUUGACGGGAAGUUCUACCUCCUCUUCUCGCCGCAAGACGGCUGGACGCCAACAGACAAUGGCUAUCACGUCGCCGAUAGCAUGGCUGGUCCUUGGUCGGAGCAGACGCUUCUUGCACCGAAGGGUGCUUAUGCGUACCUGACGCAGAACGCGUACGACAUUACCAUCAAGGGGAGUCAAGAGACGUUUUACCUCUACCUGGGAGACCACUGGAAUGCCAACAACCUCGGCGCGAGCACGUAUGCUUUCUAUCCCGUGAUCUACGACGGCACAGGCCUCUCACUACACGAGACGGGUGGCUGGACCCUUGAUGUUGCUGCCGGGACGUGGAAAGACUUGCCCUUCACUAUCAUCACUGCCGACAACUCGACGACGCCAGAUGCCGAUCUAGUCAAGUGCAACGAUGGCUGCGCUGGGGGUUUAGCGGCGAAUAUGACGACUAGUACCUUCACUUUCACGUGGGAUGGCACUGCUGGUGACAAGGUGUUGCAGAUUCUGUACACAUAUCCCGGUGCGAAGAAUGCGUUCAAGCACAUCUCUGCCACUGUUGAUGGGAAGGAAACGACGGGGUGGGCUCUGCUGGAAACGACGAGGGCGAACACGAUUGCGCAGAGAGCACCGUUGCCUUUGACGUUGGCACAGGGGUCGGAGGUUGUGCUGAAGUUGGCUGAUGGUGAUAAGACGGCUUUCUUGGUUGACGCUGUGGAGGUCUAUGAUACAUGA